CAGAGCGGAGCCGCUCGCUGGGCGCCGUCUGCGGGCACGGGAAAGGGACGCUCUUAUGGGCAUGAAACAUUCGUCCCGCUGCCUGCUCCUCCGGAGGAAAAUGGCGGAGAACGCCACCGAGAACGCCGAGGUGUACAGCGGCGCCCCCAAACCUCUCCAGCCUGUCGCCAUGACGAAUCCUGUCCCGCCUGCCAUUCAAACUCCGUUGGCGCCAAGUUGUCCCGGCCGAGGCAAGCUGGCGAAACUCCUGAAUCCGGAAGAAAUGACGUCGAGGGAUUAUUACUUCGAUUCGUACGCUCACUUUGGAAUCCAUGAGGAAAUGCUGAAGGACGAGGUGCGCACGUUAACCUACCGAAAUUCCAUAUAUCACAAUAAGCACGUCUUUAAGGAGAAGGUUGUGCUGGAUGUCGGGAGCGGCACGGGCAUCCUUUCCAUGUUCGCUGCCAAGGCGGGAGCCAAGAAAGUCUAUGGGAUUGAAUGCUCCAGUAUAUCUGACUACUCUGAAAAGAUUAUCAAAUCCAACCACUUGGAUCACAUCAUCACAAUAUUUAAGGGCAAAGUGGAAGAAAUUGAAUUGCCUGUGGACAAAGUAGAUAUCAUAAUCAGUGAAUGGAUGGGCUACUCCCUUUUCUAUGAGUCCAUGCUUAACACGGUCAUCUUUGCUCGGGACAAGUGGCUGAAACCAGGAGGGCUUAUGUUUCCAGACCGAGCGGCUUUGUACAUGGUAGCCAUCGAAGAUCGACAGUACAAGGAUUUCAAAAUCCAUUGGUGGGAGAACGUCUAUGGCUUCGACAUGACCUGUAUCCGAGACGUGGCCAUGAAGGAGCCUUUGGUGGACAUCGUUGACCCAAAGCAAGUGGUGACCAAUGCUUGUUUAAUAAAGGAUGUUGAUCUUUACAUCGUAAAGACGGAAGACCUGGCCUUCACCUCUGCGUUUUGCCUCCAGAUCCAACGCAAUGAUUACAUCCAUGCCUUGGUCACCUAUUUUAAUAUAGAAUUUACAAAGUGCCAUAAGAAGAUUGGGUUUUCUACAGCUCCAGACGCGCCUUACACUCAUUGGAAGCAAACUGUAUUUUACCUGGAGGAUUAUCUAACUGUCCGAAGAGGGGAAGAAAUCUAUGGAACCAUUUCCAUGAAACCAAAUGAAAAAAAUGAGCGUGACCUGGACUUCACGGUGGAGUUGGAUUUUAAAGGGCAGCUUUGCGAAACCUCCGUAUCUAAUGACUAUAGGAUGCGCUAACGAGCAGCUGCCUUCGAAACCACAAAAAGGAGAAGUGCGGUUCUGGAUUUUGACCCAAAAUAAAUGCGGUUCUGGAUUUGACAGCAUUCGGAGGGGUGAGCUUUAUCAGUAGCAAAACUCUCGCCGCCCGGACGUUUUCUCUGGAUCUGGAAUUUUCUCAUCUCCUCACCCUGCCAAGACCGUCCAAGGAGUUGCACAACUUUACUUUAAAGGAUUGUGUAUACAUAUCACUUUUACAGGCACCCUGGUAUUGUGCCGCCUUGUAUCCCGACACCUUUAAGGGGGCAACCAAAUUGAGAAAACCGGUACCAUCUUGUUAGUUUUACCAUUUCUUUUUUCGUUUUGUUUUUAAAAAACAAACCUGCGUACAAAUAAUAUUCAUGUACUUGUAUUAUAUAUUUUUUUUUGCAAGCUUUCGUGGCUCUUUUUUUUAAAAAUACGGCCCUGGGGAUACGACCAAUUCCUAAAUUUGUCUUAGGAAAUGGCCUCCUCUUUUACCUCCUACAGGUAGUCCUUGAAUUUAGCAGCACAAUUGAGCCCAGAAUUCCUGUUGCUAAGUGAGACGUUUGUUCGGUGCCCUGGUUCAAUUAGUAAUCUGGUCGUUAAAUGAAUCUGGCUUCCCCCAUGGACACUGCUUGCCCGAAGGUCGCAAAAGGGGGUCACAUGACCCCGGGAUAUUGCAACCGUCAUAAAUACGAGUCAGUUGCCAAGUAUUGUCUGAAUUUUGAUUGUAUGACCAUGGGGAUGCUCCAACGGUCGUAAGUGUGAAAAAUGGGACACGAGUCACUUUUUUUCAGUGGCGUUGUAACUUCGGUCACUAAAUGAACUGUUGUUAAGCCGAGGACUACCUGUAUUUAAUUGUGACACUCGAUGGAAUUGCCAAAACGGAAGUGUGGAGUUUCAUUAUUUUGGGGCAGGACGUAAAAUAUGGUGACGUACCCUCCCAAAAUAAGCUUAACACGCCUUUAAAGAAAAUCUUGACAUCCCCCUCCUCAAAACAAAAGAGAAAAAGAAGACAACACACACACAGCAGAUCCAGUGUGACCUGAAGUUGUGGGUCUCUGGCACCACAAUGACACCCGCUUUGGAUACCGCAGGAUCUCCAGUCUGUUUCGGAACAAAUACGAAAGGGAGGAUGCAAACAGAAAAAUAAAAUUGGGAAGUCUUUGGUGCUCUCUACGCUUGGUCAUUCAUUUUCAGAUGUUCGGGUUACCUGACCAGGUAACGUUUUCAGUGCUAGAGAAUAAAGUUUCUUCUUGCAAUAGCC